AUGGUUGAGAUAUUUAGCGAACGCUAUCUUAGAAGGCCAAUACCAAAUGAUAUUUCUAGACUUCUCAAUAUUGGUCAGCAAUGUGGAUUUCCUGGAAUGUUAGGCAGUUUAAAUUGUAUGCAUUGGAGGUGGAAAAAUUGUCCAACCGCGUGGGCGGUGCAAUACGCUGGCCGUAGUGGAAAGCCUACUAUCAUUCUCGAAGCUGUCGUAGAUUAUGAUCUUUGGAUAUGGCAUGCAUAUUUUGGUUUGCUAGGCACCAACAAUGAUAUAAACGUGCUAGAGUCAUCUCAUUUGUUAUCGGAUCUAGCUCAAGAUAUUUCUCCUCCGACUCAUUAUGUAAUUCAAGGAAAAGAAUAUAUAACAUGA